UCUGGAGCCCAGGCCCGCCCAUAAAGUUACUCCUCGGAAGUAACUUCUCCAAACCGCCUCAAACCGGAUUGAAAAGGGGAGUGACUCCGGAUUAGUAUAUAAGGCACAUCUGGGCUUUGGAGCGGCUUUUCCAAACAGAGCCAGACUUUGCAUUGGAGGCUGCCCUUCGACCACCGUCCCGAAACCAUGGCCAGUCCGGACAAAAGUGCCAGCCAGGCUCCAGCCAACGAAGAGCAGGACCCAAAAAACGUGGCCGGCCGGGUGGCCAACCUACCCUUGCUGAGCUCGGCCUACGACAUGGUCAGCUCGGCCUACGCCUCCACCAAGGAGAGCCACCCCUACGUCAAGUCGGUCUGCGAUGCGGCCGAGAAGGGGGUCAAGACCAUCGCCUCGGCUGCGGCAACCGGGGCGCAGCCCAUCCUGAGCAAACUGGAGCCGCAGAUUUCCACGGCCAACGAAUACGCCUGCAGAGGGCUGGACAAGCUGGAGGAGAAGUUGCCCAUUCUCCAACAACCAACCGAUAAGGUCAUUUCAGACACCAAGGAACUGGUGACCUCCACUGUGACAGGAGCCAAGGACGCCCUCAGCAGCACCGUGUCCGGGAUGGUGGACAGAACCAAGGAGGUGGUCUCGGGUGGCGUGGAGAUGACCCGGGCGGCGGUUUCCAGCGGCAUGGGCAUGACCCAGUCGGUGGUCUCGGGCGGUGUGGAGAUGACCCGCUCCACCAUCUCGGGCGGCGUGGAGAUGACCCGCUCGGCCCUCUCCAGCAGCGUCAACACAGUGGGCCACAUGGUCACCAGCGGCGUGGAUGCCGUCCUGGGAAAGUCGGAAGAGCUGGUGGACCGCUACCUUCCCGUCACAAAUGAAGAGUUGGCCAAACUGGCCACGUCCAUGGAAGGUUUUGAUAUGGAGAAACAGAAAGCACAGCAGAGCUACUACAUUCGUCUGGGGUCCCUCUCGGCGAAGGUCCGCCACCGCGCCUACGAACACUCCCUUCGCAAGCUGAGUGAUGCCAAGCAGAGCACCCAUGACUCCCUGGCACAGCUCCACCAAACCAUCGAGCUGAUCGAGCAGGUCAAGCAGGGUGUGGACCAGAAACUCCAAAGUGGUCAAGAGAAGCUCCAUCAGAUGUGGCUGGAGUGGAAGCAAAAGCAGACCCCUGAGGCCAAACUGGAGGAGAUUCCAGACCCAAAGAUUGAGACUAAAGCUUUGGAGGUGUCCCAGGGUCUCUCCAACCAGCUCCAAAUGGCCACCACAGCCCUGGUCUCCAACCUCCAAGGCCUUCCCGCUGGCCUCCAGGAGAAGGUCACCCUCGUCCGCCAGCACGCUGAGGACCUCCGGACGUCCUUCAGCUCGGCCACGUCUCUGCAAGACCUCUCCAGCUCCAUCUUGGCCCAGAGCCGGGAGAAAGUCACCAAGGCCCGGGAGCUGACCGAAGAGCUGGUGGACCACCUGGUGCACAACGCUCCUCUUUCCUGGCUGGUGGGGCCCUUCACCCCGUCCAGCAAAGCCGAGGCAGAGGAAAUCGAGAUGGAGUAGGACCUCUUCUCCUAUUCCAUGGGUUGGGUGGUGGAGAGCGGGUCUUGAUGACCAAAAAUCCACUUUAAAUGGGAAUAUUGGGGUUGGGAAAGUUUAUCAUUUCCUUCCGUCUGUCCAAACGUGGUCUCCUUGUAUGUCAGGUUCUGAUGGACUUCCAUAAACAUGCCCAUGAUCAAUAUCCAGGGUUGAGAAACCUUAUCUUGGAAGGAGUCCUAUGUUCAGUUCCUUUAGUUUCUCCAAACUUGGUCUCCUUGAUCUCAAGUUCUGGUGAAACUCCAUAAACAUAUUCAUGAUAAAUAUCAAGGGUUGGGAGAACUUAUCUUGGAAGAAAUCCCAUAUUAAUUUCCUACAAUUUCUCCAAAUUUGGUCUCAAAUUGUGGUGGACCUCCAUAAACACGUCCAUGAUCAAUAUCCAGGGUUGGGAAACCUUAUCUUGGAAGGAGUCCCAUAUUAAUUUCCUUCAAUUUCUCCAAAUUUGGUCUCAAGUUCUGGUGGACCUCCAUAAACACAUUCAUGAUCAAUAUCAAGGGUUGGGAGAGCUUAUCUUGGAAGGAGUCCCAUAUUUCCUUCUAUUUCUCCAAAUUUGGUCUCAAGUUCUGGUGGACCUCCAUAAACACGUCCAUGAUCAAUAUCAAGGGUUGGGAGACCUUAUCUUGGAAGCAGUCCCAUGGACAUUUCCUUCAAUUUCUCCAAACCUGGUUACCUUGGAUCUCAAGUUCUGGUGGACCUCCAUAAACACGUCCAUGCUCAAUAUCAAGGGUUGGGAGACCUUAUCUUGAAAGCAGUCCCAUGGACAUUUCCUUCAAUUUCUCCAAACUUGGUUACCUUGGAUCUCAAGUUCUGGUGGACCUCCAUAAACACGUCCAUGCUCAAUAUCAAGGGUUGGGAGACCUUAUCUUGGAAGCAGUCCCAUGGACAUUUCCUUCAAUUUCUCCAAACUUGGUUACCUUGGAUCUCAAGUUCUGGUGGACCUCCAUAAACACGUCCAUGCUCAAUAUCAAUAAAUAUAUCUGGGAUGUUGAAAUAUAUCUGGGAUGUUUUGAGACUUUUAGACUCCAAAGUCUGCCUUGGAGAACAUUUAAGAAUGAGUCAAUUAAAAAAAAAACAAUUUAAAAAAGUGAUGAACUGUCACAAGAUUGAGAGAGGAAAUCUGAAAUGUAACCAUUGUCUCUUAUAAUGCAGUAGUUAAUUCCCAAAUAAACCACUUUGCAUGGAAA